AUGGAGUGCAACAUCUGCCCUCGUGGCACAGAGGGGAGCAGGGACGCGGCGGGGAUGGACGUGGAGGUGCUGAAGUUGCUAGCGGUAGGCAGCUACGGGCGAGUGUUCCAAUGCCGUGACCUGGAGACCGGUGCACUCGUGGCCAUGAAACAGAUCAGGAUAAUGGGCACAUGGCAGGGUGUUCCGGCUCCGAGCAUCCGUGAAGUGUCGUUUCUCAUGGAACUCGACCACAACAACAUCGUCAAGUUGCUCAAAGUGGGAAUCUCGGAUAAAAGAUAUGUCAAUCUCGUCUUCGAGCAUCUCGACUGCGACCUUCAUGACUAUAUUCAGAGCAGUCCUUUUCCCAGGGAUGCCUUGACCAUAAAGAGUUUCAUGUACCAGAUGCUCUCUGCCGUGGAGUUCUGUCAUUCCCGUAAGAUUCUGCAUAGAGAUUUGAAACCAAAGAAUGUGCUGAUGGAUCAAUCUAGAAGGUUGAUCAAGCUGGCUGAUUUUGGUUUGGCUAGAGAGUGUAGAGAUGACAUAUUAUAUACUGAGAAGUUAGGAACUGCCUGGUACAGGGCACCUGAAAUCUUGUGUGACGACCAACGAUAUUCGACUCCAGUUGAUGUGUGGGCUGCUGGCUGUAUAUUUGCUGAAAUGGUAACUGGACAACCUUUAUUCCAAGCUAUUAAUUCUCGGGAUGAGUUGGAGGCAAUUUUCAGACUUUUAGGUACCCCCACAGAGGAAACAUGGUCAGGAAUCACUGAAUUAUUGCCUAAUCUUCAUCUCUACCCGAAUUUUGAUCCACUGGGUUUGGAAGUACUUGUUCUUGGUCUGGAUCGUAAUGGCCUGAAUCUUCUAUCAAGAAUGCUUUGCAUGGACCCAAGGAAAAGGAUUUCUGCUGCAGCUGCUCUACACCAUGCUUACUUUAAAGAAGUGAAUUUGAUUUUGGGAGAAAAAACCAAUUGA